GCUUCACUCCGGCUGGCGCCGCCGCCUAGCGCGCUCCUGCUUCGCCGCCACGGUCCGGGGGCUGCCGGUCCCGGGUACCAUGUGUGACGGCGCCCUGCUGCCUCCGCUCGUCCUACCGGUGCUGCUGCUGCUGGUUUGGGGACUGGACCCGGGCACAGCUGUCGGCGACGCGGCGGCCGACGUGGAGGUGGUGCUCCCGUGGCGGGUGCGCCCAGACGACGUGCACCUGCCGCCGCUGCCCUCAGCCCCCGGGCCCCGACGGCGGCGACGCCCCCGCACGCCCCCAGCUGCCCCGCGCGCCCGGCCGGGAGAGCGCGCCCUGCUGCUGCACCUGCCGGCCUUCGGCCGCGACCUGUACCUUCAGCUGCGCCGCGACCUGCGCUUCCUGUCCCGAGGCUUCGAGGUGGAGGAGGCGGGCGCCGCCGGGCGCCGCGGCCGCCCCGCCGAGCUGUGCUUCUACUCGGGCCGUGUGGUCGGCCACCCCGGCUCUCUCGUCUCGCUCAGCGCCUGCGGCGCCGCCGGCGGCCUGGUUGGCCUCAUUCAGCUUGGGCAGGAGCAGGUGCUAAUCCAGCCCCUCAACAACUCCCAGGGCCCAUUCAGUGGACGAGAGCAUCUGAUCAGGCGCAAAUGGUCUUUGACUCCCAACCCUUCUGCCGAGGCUCAGAGAUCUGGGCAGCUCUGCAAGGUUCUAACAGAAAAGAAGAAGCCGAGGCGGGGCAGGCCUUCGCGGGACUGGCGGGAGCGGAGGAACGCCAUCCGGCUCACCAGCGAGCACACGGUGGAGACCCUGGUGGUGGCCGACGCCGACAUGGUGCAGUACCACGGGGCCGAGGCCGCCCAGAGGUUCAUCCUGACCGUCAUGAACAUGGUAUACAAUAUGUUUCAGCACCAGAGCCUGGGGAUUAAAAUUAACAUUCAAGUGACCAAGCUUGUCCUGCUACGACAACGUCCCGCUAAGUUGUCCAUUGGGCACCAUGGUGAGCGGUCCCUGGAGAGCUUCUGUCACUGGCAGAACGAGGAGUAUGGAGGAGCACGGUACCUUGGCAAUAACCAGGUUCCCGGCGGGAAGGACGACCCGCCCCUGGUGGAUGCUGCUGUGUUUGUGACCAGGACAGAUUUCUGUGUACACAAAGAUGAACCGUGUGACACUGUUGGAAUUGCUUACUUAGGAGGUGUGUGCAGUGCUAAGAGGAAGUGUGUGCUUGCCGAAGACAAUGGUCUCAAUUUGGCCUUUACCAUCGCCCAUGAGCUGGGCCACAACUUGGGCAUGAACCACGAUGAUGACCACUCAUCCUGCGCUGGCAGGUCCCACAUCAUGUCGGGAGAGUGGGUGAAAGGCCGGAACCCAAGUGACCUCUCUUGGUCCUCCUGCAGCCGAGAUGACCUUGAAAACUUCCUCAAGUCAAAAGUCAGCACCUGCUUGCAAGUCACGGACCCCAGAAGCCAGCACACGGUACGCCUCCCGCACAAGCUGCCGGGCAUGCACUACAGUGCCAACGAGCAGUGCCAGAUCCUGUUUGGCACCAAUGCCACCUUCUGCAGAAACAUGGAGCAUCUGAUGUGUGCUGGACUGUGGUGCCUGGUAGAAGGAGACACAUCCUGCAAGACCAAGCUGGACCCUCCCCUGGAUGGCACCGAGUGUGGGGCAGACAAGUGGUGCCGCGCGGGGGAGUGCGUGAGCAAGACGCCCAUCCCGGAGCACGUGGACGGAGACUGGAGCCCGUGGGGCGCCUGGAGCAUGUGCAGCCGAACAUGUGGGACGGGAGCCCGCUUCCGGCAGAGGAAAUGUGACAACCCCCCCCCUGGGCCUGGAGGCACACACUGCCCGGGUGCCAGUGUGGAACACGCGGUCUGCGAGAACCUGCCCUGCCCCAAGGGUCUGCCCAGCUUCCGGGACCAGCAGUGCCAGGCGCACGACCGGCUGAGCACCAAGAAGAAAGGCCUGCUGACAGCUGUGGUGGUUGAUGAUAAGCCAUGUGAACUCUACUGCUCACCCCUCGGGAAGGAGUCCCCACUGCUGGUGGCCGACAGGGUCCUGGACGGCACACCCUGCGGGCCCUACGAGACCGAUCUCUGCGUGCACGGCAAGUGCCAGAAAAUCGGCUGUGAUGGCAUCAUUGGGUCUGCGGCUAAAGAAGACAGAUGCGGGGUCUGCAACGGAGACGGCAAGACCUGCCACGUGGUGAAGGGUGACUUCAGCCACGCCCGGGGGACAGCUCUCAAAGACUCCGGUAAGGGAUCCAUCAACAGUGACUGGAAGAUAGAGCUCCCCGGAGAGUUCCAGAUUGCAGGCACAACUGUUCGCUAUGUGAGAAGGGGGUUAUGGGAGAAGAUUUCUGCCAAGGGACCAACGAAACUACCGCUGCACUUGAUGGUGUUGUUAUUUCACGACCAAGAUUAUGGAAUUCAUUAUGAAUACACUGUUCCUGUAAACCACACUGCGGAAAAUCAAAGUGAACCAGAAAAACCGCAGGAUUCUUUGUUCAUCUGGACCCAUAGCGGCUGGGAAGGGUGCAGUGUGCAGUGUGGAGGAGGGGAGCGCAGAACCAUCGUCUCGUGCACACGGAUUGUCAACAAGACCACAACUCUGGUGAAUGACAGUGACUGCCCUCAAGCAAGCCGCCCAGAGCCCCAGGUCCGAAGGUGCAACUUGCACCCCUGCCAGUCACGGUGGGUAGCAGGUCCGUGGAGCCCCUGCUCGGCGACCUGUGAGAAAGGCUUCCAGCACCGGGAGGUGACCUGCGUGUACCAGCUGCAGAACGGCACACACAUCGCUACGCGGCCCCUCUACUGCCCGGGUCCCCGGCCGGCGGCAGUGCAGAGCUGUGAAGGCCAGGACUGCCUGUCCAUCUGGGAGGCAUCUGAGUGGUCACAGUGUUCUGCCAACUGUGGAAAAGGGGUGCGGAAACGGACUGUGGCGUGCACCAACUCACAAGGGAAAUGCGAUGCCUCCACCAGGCCGAGAGCCGAGGAGGCCUGCGAGGACUACUCAGGCUGCUAUGAGUGGAAAACCGGGGACUGGUCUACGUGCUCAUCGACCUGCGGGAAGGGCCUGCAGUCCCGGGUGGUGCAGUGCAUGCACAAGGUCACAGGGCGCCACGGCAGCGAGUGCCCCGCCCUCUCGAAGCCUGCCCCCUACAGACAGUGCUACCAGGAGGUCUGCAACGACAGGAUCAACGCCAACACCAUCACCUCCCCCCGCCUUGCUGCUCUGACCUACAAAUGCACGCGAGACCAGUGGACGGUGUAUUGCCGGGUCAUCCGAGAAAAGAACCUCUGCCAGGACAUGCGGUGGUACCAGCGCUGCUGCCAGACCUGCAGGGACUUCUAUGCAAACAAGAUGCGCCAGCCACCGCCAAGCUCGUGACGCGCAGCCCCGGGGGUCGCUCAAGGCUCAGACUCGAGGUCUGAAAGCCGCCCACCCCCAAGCGUAUCAGCCUUGCGGCCAUGCCCCCACAAGGCUACCACAAGAAUACAACUGCAUAGAACAUGAGUGUGGACUUGACGUUUGCCAUUAAAGCUUCUGUACUUAAUAUAUUGUUAACAGCCACUGGAUGGCUUUCUACAGUGAGGAAAAAGUAGGCAUGAGUCACAAAAUAACUUUAAUUUCUAGGAUUCCAGGUACCUCGAAGGGGAGCACCUCUGGCAGACAACCGUCAAGAGAGAGACAUCAUUUAGUGUUCCUGUCUUGGCUCGCUUUCGACAUUUGAAUUCCCAGUGCUUGGUAUAUCAUGGAGGAAACAUCCCCAAAACGAGACAUGUUAGAAGAGGCUUUAUUCUGAAAGCCGGCGAUACCCUGGAGGGAGGGGCAGGUGUUGGUGAGCCUCUACCCGUGGCUUCUCUGGAGAGGGCCGGGCUGCUGAGCCCACGUUUUCUCUUCAUCUACCUUCUUGACCACAUGAGAACCAGGACAUUGCCUCCAUGCCUGUCUCUGACAACAUAGUGUCUAAAUCCUAGGUGUUGCCUUGGAAGUCUCGUCCCUGAGAGUGUAAACUAUGUAUGCCAACGAGGACAACAGUGCCACGCAGUUCACACCACCCACAUGGCAAGAAUGUUCCAAGACAGUCUGGGUUUGGGGAAGCAUCUAAUUUUCAGAGCUCUGCUGUCCACCGUGUAGGGAAACAGAAGGGCCUUUCUUCAAGGUGCUGUGAAAUGGGAAACGGUAAUUGUGGUGAUGGGGUUGCUGCCUAAGGCAAAGGUAAGCUUGGGCCAGCUUCGUUGGGGCAGAUGGGCAUCUGCCCCACCUUCCAGGAGCAUCCACUCUGGCCCGCACUUCCUAAAGCUUUGCACCUUAGAGAUGCUGUACCACAUCCCAGUGGCUUUCUACCAACCUUGGCCAUUUAUCUGAAGACGACAUUUGGGACCUCUGAGGACAAAAACCCAGGCCUAGGAUGUAUAGAGCAAGGCCUGACUGCUCUAUCCUGGCACGGAGCAGCCUGAUGUGGCAGGACCAGGGGAGGAACGCCAUCUGGCCCGCACUGCUGCACACCCACUGAGCCUUCCUGUAGCCCAGACUCUGUGGUAGCCAUUAUCAUCACGCCUGUCAUCACUGACCCAUCUUCUUGGUGGGGCAAGGAUGAUGCAUGAUGAAGGUCCUUCCCUCCUGCAGCCCCCUCACGCCUGGUAGCAGAUGAACAGAGUGGCCUCUUUGAGAACACAGAGGAUGGUAGAACUCUGCCUGCAAGGAGGCCAGGAAGGCUGGAAACAGAGACCCUAGAUGCCAGGAGGCCUGUUUUUGCUCACCAACUUGGUGGGCAUUUCAUGGGUGCUUAUGUUCUAGGACUUUACCAUAAGAAACACACCUCCUCCCUGAUUUCAGACAGAAGGUCUCACUUGGACUAAUUUCCAUGGGAUCAUCUCCCAGUGCUUCUUGAUUUAUUGGUGCUGUGUUUCUGUGUUUUGUUUUGUUAGAUGUCACAACAGUAGAGUUAGCUUAAAUCAGAAAGAAACCUCUCUGCGUUCUCCACCCUGUCUGACGAGCUGUGUUUGUGUUUGGACUACCCCAGAGGCAGAGAAGCGGUAGGGAUGUCAGGGAAUUUACUCACUUCCACUUGAAUCAACGAGAAGUGUUGAGAAACUUCUGUGGAUGCUCUGUGGAAAGAACUGAGAGUGCCAGGAUGGAGCGGCCCACCCUCACCCCGGGGCCUGUGCAGAACUCUGUCCUCCCCGUCAGGCCUGGCCACCAGAAGACUCCCCUGAAUUCCCAUUUUCACAAAGCCCUCAAAAUUUUGGGGGAGCUGAGAUUCCAUUUCCUUCAUCCCCAAAUGAACUGUUAAUUCACCAAAAGACAUUUAGACUUUUGCAGCCAAGGAGCAGAGCUGAGCUAGCUCACUAAGGAAGCCUUAGCUUGGUCUCCUGCAUGGGCCCCGGGCCUCUAAAUAUGCCCCCUGGUCACCCUGGCAAGGGCCCCACACCCUCAGAAUGAAAGGGAUUGAUUGGGUUGUCAGACACCCCCAUUAGUUCCCCUAAAGUCCGCAUCUUUGGAGCUCUUUUAGCUCAUUUUUUUUGUUUUUUUGUUUUUUUUUUUUUUUUGAGAUGGAGUCUCGCUCUGUCACCCAGGCUGGAGUGCAGUGGCGCGAUCUUGGCUCACUGCAAACUCCGCCUCCCGGGUUCACGCCAUUCUCCUGCCUCAGCCUCCCGAGCAGCUGGGACUACAGGCGCCCGCCACCAUACCCGGCUACUUUUUUGUAUUUUUAGUAGAGACGGGGUUUCACCGUGUUAGCCAGGAUGGUCUCAUUCUCCUGACCUUGUGAUCCACCUGCCUCGGCCUCCCAAAGUGCUGGGAUUACAGGAGUGAGCGACCGUGCCUGGCCUUUUAGCUUAUCUUGAAAUCCACCAGCCUGCCUUCCUGUUCAUGGCACGAGCAGUGAUUUCAGUGAAACCAUCAUGACAUUCUUGUCCCACUAGACUCUGAUCACAGCAGUGAUGUCUCUGUAUUGUUAACAACACCCUGUACUGUCCCUCAAGUACUGUACCUUUGUGCUUGCACACGUGUUACUAACUAGAGCCUCACGAUCCUAUGGUGCUAUUUUUAUUGGUGCAAAAUGAAACCCUCUCAGUUGACCAUGGCUUGAUAUGAUCAGAAUGCAGGAAAAGAGCCUCAAUGGCAAUACUAUUGUUCUUUUUUCAUUUCAGAGUCAAAUGUAUAUAUUUUCCAUUAGUUAACUUGCAUUACAUACUGUACCCAUGGUAUUUUUGUUUUACUUUCUUUUUGGUGCUGGUUUUGAAAGGAAAAAAAAAAAAACAGAAGACAAACAUUGGAUGCCAUUAUACAUGAAAAAUUAAUCAUUUCAUUGGAAGCAAGUUGAAUAUGUGUAAUAAAAUGUUUUUCCAUAA